AUGGCGAAAAGUAGUAUCGUUGAAACCCGUGUGCGAGUUCUAGCUACUUUGAAGCUGUUGAAAUUUAUAGAUCAACAUAAGGAUGAUAUUACAGAAAUACCAGAAAAUUUGUCAAAAGUUUUAAAAGCAAAUGGUUAUAAUAUUUCGAACCAAAUCGAAGUGCUUAAAUCAGAUGAGACCAUAAAAAAGCAAGAAAUUGAUUUAAAUAUUCUUCGAGAUGUCAAAGGUGACGCAAAUUUAGAGGUAUCAAGUAAACCUGCAAGUAAUAAAGAUACUGAACUCACUACCUCAUCUGAAUAUUUAUAUAUAUCUGAUUUACGAUGGUUGAAAAUUUGGUUAACACAACAACGGAAGGAGAAAGGCUUAAACGUUUUUCUACACAAUUUAUUGGAACAUUGCUCUUUAGAAUUGCCAGAAAAUGAAAUCAUCAAACGAAACCCAGAACUCGAGGCACGUUGCCAACGAUUACGUGAGCAACAACAAAAUCAAGAGUAUUUAGACAUGACGAAGAAUGUAGAUUCAAGUCUAAAGAAUAUUCCGGAAGAUACCAUGGCCUAUCAAGUCAAAGCCAUGAACAGUCAAAUGAUUGCAGUUUUGCAAUUCAUUUUUUCGGUGGCUGCUGGAUUUGUGUUUGGCUUUUUGGGUCUGGAACUUAUUUUUGGUGGAUUGAAAUUCGGCUUACGUUUAGUAUUGGGAAUAUGUUGUGCGCUCGUAAUUGGUAUUGCAGAAAUGUAUUUCCUUGUGAAAAAAUUGAACGAAGAAGAGAAAGCGAUUUCUUCACUCAAAAAAUCCACCGAAUCUGUAAAGAAAAAUGGAAAAGCAUUAAAACCACACAAUGAAUAAUAUAUUAUAUUAAAGUAUGCAGAAAAUGUAGGUUAAUAUAAUUGUCUAUAGCAUCAUUUCCAUGAGGCAUCGUAUUUAUGGUUUGAGGUAUUAUAUUUCUCAAGAUUAAAGUUACAUGAGAAAGCAAUUCUAUAAUAGUUAAUACAACUUUGUAAGGUUUGGAAUUUUAAGGUUUGUUAACGUGGCCGAUUUGAUUUUCGAUAGGUACCUAACAAAGUCUAAUAAUUUCUUUGUAAUAUUAGCGUUCGUUGUUCCUGCAAUACAAUAAAACAUUCGCAAAAAAGA